AUGUCUCGAGUCUCGGUUUUCACCAAGGACGCACCGCCACCUCGAGUAGGAAUCUACUCGCAGGCCACCGUCGCCGGCGGCUUCGUCUGGUGCUCAGGAUCUCUGCCCGCAGAUCCAGAGACAGGGGCCAUCAUCGAGGGUGACAUCCAGACCCAUACUCAUCAAUGUAUCAAGAAUCUCGCCGCGGUGCUAUUAGCUGCAGGCUCCAGCAUCAACGACGUCAUCAAGGUCAAUGUAUAUCUGCUUGAUAUGAAAGACUUUGAUGCGAUGAAUGAGGUCUACAAGACUUAUUGGGGAGAACAGAAGCCUUCAAGAACCUGCGUUGUGGUGAAGACGAUACCUCGGGGAAGUGACGUUGAGAUUGAAUGUGUGGCGGUUGUAUCGGGGCCAGCGCCGUAG